AUGGUUGUGACAAGCGAUGCGACCAAGCCAACUACGACGCCGGUUGUCACAGUGACCACUAGCUCGACGCCGACAAUGACGACCACCACCGAGCACGGGCUAUCCAUCUCGCCCACCGAAGUCGCGUCUAUUGCCAACGUCCGGCUCCCGAGCUUUUGGCGGUACGCGCCUCGCCAGUGGUUCGCCCACACGGACGCCAUGUUCCACGCGAACCGCGUGAGAUCCGACUUAACGCGCGUGAAUUACGUGCUCGCGUCUCUCGACGACGAAGGCAUUCGCGAGGUUUCCGACCUCCUCGGCGACAACGUCUCUUACGACCUGGUUCGCGAGCGGCUGGUUAGCUUGUACACCGCUCCGGCGGCCGCACGCUUCCGCUCAAUCAUCCAACCCGGAGACAUGGGAGACCGCACGCCAUCGCGGCUCCUCAAAGACAUGCGGGAUGUCUACCCCGAGGGCAUGUCAGACGCGGCGUUGGAGCAGUUCUGGCGCGCCAAACUUCCGGCAGCUGUCCGCACCGUCAUCGCUGGUUUUUCCGGUUCUCUCGAGUCCUUGGCCGAGCGCGCCGAUCGAAUUUUGUUCGAGUGCGAAAGUCGCGAGGUCGCGGAAGUCCGCCCUACUCCGCGCGUGCGUUGUGCGGCCGUUUUCCCCGAGUCACGCGAGAUCGAACCGACUCCAGAAGCAACUCCGCCCGCACGUUUUCAAACCACGCUAGAGACACGCGUCCAGACCAUCGAGUCCGCGAUACUGAGCCUGACCGAGCAGGUUUCGCAGCUCGCGUCUCAGAUCGCGCCUCCGAAACGCGCGCCCGUGACACGCCCCGUUCGAUCCGAACCGCCGCCGCCACAACACGCGGGCAACACGACGGGUUGGUGCUACUAUCACGCGCGCUACGGACCCGAGGCGCAAAAGUGCCGCGCCCCGUGCACCUUCGUGCCCACGCAUAAAAAUUAA